AUGUCAGUCAUUUGCAAAGGCGCCAAGGUGCAUUUCCGCAGCUCGAGAAGCGCACGCGGAAGCGGCGUGGCGCCGGCGGCGGGGAAAGCCAGCGGCCCGGUGGUGCAGGUGCAGGCGGAGCCCCGCGGAGCCACAGCCGGGCCAACACCUGUCCGUCCGUCAGCCCGCCGGCGCACGUGCACCGCCCGGCCGGCAGCGAUGCUAUCGGCCGCAGACCGCGCGGCGCGCGUCCAGCCCCGCGAGGCCGCUAAUUCGCUUUUUGCGCCGCAGCCGCCCGCGGCCCGGAUGCCGGCCUUCACGCUGUUUAUUCGCGACUGCCACCGCGUCGCGGCUCACGCGGACAAAAAGCGCGUCCAGCGUGGCAGCGCACGUGCGUCCGCCAGCCUCGUCGCUCUCCAGCGGUGCUUCCCAACAGGACGCCGCCACCUGCUACGGUCGGCCAGGCCUCCGAAUGCUGAGGCGCACACGAGGCUGAGUAGAGAGGACGCCACACAAUGGCCGGCACUGGCGACGCCUGGCGCGUCAGGUCGGCCGGUACGGCGCGACGGCGGCGGCGGCGGCGGCGGCGGCGGAGGCGGCGCGGCGGUUGCGAUGGCGGCGCUGGACGUGUGA